AUGCCUUCCAACACAAUCAAAGAAGUGCUCUUCGCCUCUUUCUUUUUCUCAAAUUCUACUCGGAUGGUACCAUCGAAAGUUUCAUGGACACGCCUAAUGUCCUGCCAUCGUCGGAAGACCCAACCACUGGCAUUUGAUGCGAUUUCAACAUCCAUUCCGGGUCUGCCCCUCUUUAAUCCAUAUAAGUUGCCGACUGAUAUCAAUACCUCUGGUAAUUGGAAUGCGGAUCUAAGUGAAGUGCAUAGAGGAGUAAACGAGGUAAGGAAUGAUGAUGUGAUCGUUGGAUUGACGCUAUGGAUAUUGCCUUGUGGUGGGUUUGCUUUGGCCGACUUUCGGGGGGGAGGAGGGAUGUGGAGAAGCAGCUGGUACUUGGUAGUGGUAUAUACUGAGAUGGAUGUGGGCUGA